AUGUUGCUUUUACCUGUGCUGGCCAUCUAUCUGGCUGUAUUGGCCUUGUAUCGCCUUGACUGGAGCCCCAUAGCCCAUAGCCCUGGACCAAGACUGGGCGCUCUGACAGGAUGGUACGAGACUUUCUUCGAUGUCGUCCACGGAGGUCAGUUCACCUUUCAGAUUGAGAAGCUGCACCUGCAAUACGGUAAGUCAGAGUAUCUACCUCACAAACCACAAUCCUUCAAAGCAUCGAUCCCAGGACCCAUCAUUCGUAUCAGCCCAGGGGAAGUUCACAUUUCAGACCCUAACUUCUACAAUCAGUUGUAUACGGUGACAGCCAGAUACAGGAAGCCCGAGGACUGGCGUUUCCGGUUUGGGCUUGAGAACUCGGCCUUCGAUACGAUCGAGCAUGGCCACCAUCGACGACGGGUUCCGCUGGCAACGUCUGUAGCGCAUACUAAGAUCCUCGAGUUCAGCGCCUACAUCCAGUAA